AACAAAUAACUGGUGCUGGGAGCGCCGCUGUAUUUGCUUGACUGUGAGUACUUUAUCAGUGUGUUACCUCUUGAAACAGGACUAGUUACGUUACUGAAAUAUGUGUGGGUUGGAAGAGUGUUGAAGGGAAUCUCAAGAGAUACUUCUGAGUCAUUCAGAUUUACUGCCAGGGAGAAGUGACGCUUGGAGAUUAAUGGUCCAUGGUGAUGCAUGAUGCCAUAAUAACCUUUACAUUAUCACAAUAUGGAGAACAAGGUGUUUGAAGACAUUGUCCACCUGCUUCAAGGUGCUGAUUGGCUUUACAAUUAUCCCAUGACACAGGUCUUUACAAGAAAUAUCUUCACUCACAUGCCCGUGGAAUGGCAGAAAGCCUUGACAGACCUGCCUCUGGAUGUUCUGAAUGGUCUUCCUCAAUGCCUCACUCAGGAUCAGUGGCCAUCAUCACUCAAGGUGUUUCUGCAAGAAUGCCAGAGACUGUCCUGUCUCAGCCCAGACCUUGGACCACAAACCUCAGGUGGCAGCAGGAGAGGUAGCAGUAGCAGUAAUGUCAGUGGCAGCAGCAGCAGCAGCAGCAGCAGCAGCAACCUUCAGAUCCCCCAGGAACUCACUUACGGCUUAACUGUCAAAAAGAAACAUGAAAUUACAACUUUACUAAGCAUAGUGAAGGAAAUGUUAGAUCUUACAGGAAGCAAACAUAUUUUGGACAUUGGAAGUGGAAAGGGUUACAUAGACUCGUGCAUUCACAGAAUCCUUCAUGCACAAGUUCUUGGAGUUGAAGGUAAUUGUAAAUUAAUGAGAAGUGCUGAAAAACAUCACUGGAAGCUUUAUGGACGCUGUAGAGGAAUAACUUUUUUAAACUGGUAUUUAUCUGACAACACAGAGACACUGUGUAGAGCAGAGCAGCUUGUGUCAUAUCUAACUGAACUUGAUACUACUUGUUCAUGUCAGACAAGUCCCAAACGUGGAACAUCCAGUGCAAAAGUUGCAAGCAAAACUGUUUCCUCCAGUAACAUAGAUGGAAGAGAGAGUAAGUCUUCAAACCAUGAAUGCAGUGACUCUCCAGACAGCUUUACUGAUAGUGAAAGCAGUAUGGGGAAUGGGAGUGUUUGUUCAGAAAAUAGAUGUGUACUACUCGGCCUUCAUGCGUGUGCAGAUCUCUCACCUAUCAUCAUCAAAGUGUUCAGAGACUGUGUCCAGGCCUCUUCCCUGGUGUUGCUCUCCUGCUGCUAUCACAAGAUGAGUCUGCGUCCUAAAGCUGCAGAUGAUCCUGCAAGUGACAAGCAGGAAUCCCAGUGCAAAGGCAGUGAUGACACAGAGGGACAUGGUGAGUGUCCCGUUGAGGGAGAUCCUCCUCAGAAUGAGGAAAUGAUACCUGGGGAAAGUGAUUUCAUGAAUUUUCCCAUGAGUCAGUCCUUGCAAGAAAUAUUUAGACAAAAUAAUUUUCACAUGAGUGUCUUUGGCUUGAGACUUGGAGCACAAAAAUCAGGGCAGAAUUGGUGUACAGAGACUCUGGAGGACCAUGAGUACCACACACGGAAUGUUGCCUACCGGGGGAUCCUGGAGGCUGCUUGUGUUGAAGAAGGUCUCACCUUAAGGAAACUUCGACGGCGCUGUGUGAGAAAAUCAGGCUUUGAAGACUUUAGUGAAUACAAGAGAAAUAUAUUUGAUAAUUAUGAGUUUCAAAAGACUGGGUCUGAUGGAACUCCCAUGGAGUCUGUCCCCAACUCAGAGAGUACUCUGAACAUGAAUGAAGAUAAAAUUUUAGAGAGAAACACUCAUAUUUCAGCAACUUUGGAUACCUGUUUUGAAAAUCAUAAGCAUUAUUUCCCCUUAAUUGAGCCUCUGACUGGCCUACAAUUAGCCUUACAACCAGUUAUUGAAAUCUUGGUUCAGAUGGACCGCUUGAUCUACCUGAAGGAGUGUGGCUUCUCCAGAGUGUGGCUUGAAAAGGUCUUUGAUGCAGAAGUAUCACCAAGAAAUAUUGCUCUUCUAGCAGUCCGGUGAUACAUUGAAGUUUGUGGACCUUGUAUAUCAAACAACAUAUAUGAAUAUUUAGUAUUAACUAGCAAAAGUAAUAGAGUUUGUCAACCUGUGUACUAGGCCGAGAUGUCCCUUGAAGACAGAUGUCAGAGAUAAGAUGUCAUGCUUUGUUUUGGAUGUAAGAAUGAAAAUAUGCAGGGGGAUUCUUAUUCCCAUCACCCUGGACUGUCUAGUCACUUUUCACAACACUCAAGGAACACAUUGGCAGUAUAGUAUUGGUCCAAUCCUGCCAUGGAAUGUGUGGUCAGGUUGUGUUCCCUCUGCCAUGGAGGAAGAUUGCACUGUGAAUGUAGUUAUGUUAGCACCCUGGUAGUGUACUAGUUAGUGUGCUUGGCUGACAACCAAGAAAAGCAGGGUUUUGGAUCUACUUCAUAGGGAGACAGUAUACAUGCACACAUCAUACUACAGGCCUUUUAAACAAGUGGAGUGGGUGACACAAUAAGAAAGAAGAAUGCUCUGAAAUAAUUUGAAUUAUUUUGAAAUCUUAAAAACAAAAAAUUUAUAAACUUGAAUAUUCAGACAACCUGUGAUUAUAGAAGAGCUUGAACAAUUUGUACAGUUUGAGAAAUUUAUCACCAAAUACUUUAAAUUAAUUUCUGCAGAUAUGUACAUUUUCCUUAUAUUCAUUCUCACUGAAUUUUAUAAUUUUUAUUACUUACCUACAUUUUUGUAGCAUUUCUUGAUAUUAUAUAUUCAGUGCAUCUAUAUGUAAAAGUAUAUACAUACUGAUGUAAUACUACAUGAUCACAUACUCAUAUUCAUAGACACACAAGCAUUUCAUAUGAUAUGUACAACCUAUUUUUUAAUAGUGAAACACCUGUUUUCUUGUAAUACAUACAUAUAUUUAUUUAUCUAUUUAUAUUAUAUAAUAAUCCUAUCCUUCAUCAGGAGGAGGAUUGUGAUAUAUACAUGUGCUCUUAUGCAUAUAUCAAAUAUAUAUGUCAUCAAUGGAAAGUGGAA